AUGAAGCUUCCUAUUUUCAACCGCUCUCAAAUCGAGCAUGAGCACACAGACAAGCCGACCAAGUCUAAGGGCUACGUUGUCUUCUUUCGAAAAUGGCCUCGCCUGGCAAGAAAGGCAACAUGGUGGUUAAUGCCUUUUGAGUUGAUGGGCACUGUAGCUGCUCUAGUCAUCUUCGGCAUCUCUCAGCCUGAUCUGUAUCGUACCGACAUGUGGCAAAUUGGCUGGCAGCACGACCCUCCUCUCAACUCGAACCCGGCCAUGAUUCUCUACGCUUACGCCAAUCAUCGACCUCUGCCAAAGGUUGCUCUUGUGUGGACACGAACCUUUACCAAUUUCAACGUUGCUAUUUCGGUCAUCUCGCUCUUCUUCUUGCUCGGGAAGCUUACAGCUUUCAUCAUGAGAUGCUGGUACCCAAUCUUUGCUACCUUCAUCAAUGUCUGCAUGGUCGCUCUCUAUACUGUCUGUGUCUAUGGAACCAUUGGACCAGACUACGUCGACUCGCGAUAUCCCGCGCCCGUAGCUUGGUACUAUCGAAUUGGAUGCGAUAUUGCUAAGCCAUAUGGAAAGUACAAGAGUUGUAUGAUUGCCAAGUACUCACUUGUCAUCGCAGUCUACAUGCUUGCGCUUUAUCUCUGUAACCUGGGCUGCUGCAUCUACGCCAUGCUUCCCAACAAGAUAAACGACAUUUCAGACGAAGACGAAGAGGAGGAGGGAUCCACAACUUCGGAACCGAAGGACCGAGGCGUCUGGGAAAUGCACAACAUGAAGACCCCCAGUAUUCGAUCGAUGCCAUACACUCCCCGAACGCAGGCUUUCCACACUCUGGAUCGCCAACUGCCCCUGCGAUCUCAACAGCAGAGGUUCGGAUAG